AUCGAAGUCGCACCUAAAUGACGUAAAAUUAAAGCGUCCAAGCUGUCGUUCUUUUGUGUUUAUCUCUCAACUGCGACGUUUUAGAAGUGAAUUUGUCUUCGUUCCGUUAGCUAAUUGGGUAAAACUUUUGUAGUGUUUCUGUGACGAUGGACUGGCGGAGUACUUAGCCAAAAGUCGAUGGACUGUAAUUACAUGCAAAAAUGAACAAAGGGUGGCUGGAACUCGAGAGUGACCCGGGUAAGAAGCUAACGCGUUAGCUGCGAAUGUUAGCGAACAAUUCUUUGUCAGAUAUAAUCUAAUCUGCAAUCAGAAUGUUUGAUCAUCUCAAUAUGUUUUACUGCCAGUAAACACAUUAAUACGUUUAGUAGCAAAAAACGUUAUAUAGAUUGAUGCGCAGGGCUAUAGAUAGUUACUGUAGCUUGUAAUAUAUCAAUUCCACACUAGUUAGCUAGUACAUUGUUCAUUAACGUUAGUUGCACCAGCAGGAGGAAUUACCUACAAUGUCUCUGUUUGUAUGACCGAUGCCAUUGUGUUACAUUUUCAAUUAACGUGUGUUUUCUUAUGGUGUGUGCAGGGCUAUUCACGCUCUUGGUGGAGGAUUUUGGUGAGUUGAUUUGACUGGUUGGUUGAUAAAGUAAACCUGUACUGGAUAAGCAGCACAUAGUUUGAGCAUCCCUUUGUGUAUUUUGCAUAUGUGUUUGUAAUGUAGGUGUGAAGGGGGUUCAGGUGGAGGAGAUAUAUGACCUACAAAGCAAGUGUCCAAGGUAUGGAGCAAUGAUCAUCAAGCCACUGUCACUGUGUCACAAACUCUGAAAGCAUCACUAUUAUAAGCCCACUGUAUAUAUAGCCUAGGCCUACUAGUGUAUAAACCCAAAUAUGUGGACAGCUUUCUGAUGUUCUUGAUUCCUGUCCCCCCACCCAGCCCUGUCUAUGGCUUCAUCUUCCUGUUCAAGUGGAUUGAGGAGCGAAGGUCUAGGAGGAAAGUCUCCACCUUGGUGGAUGAGACCUCUGUCAUUGAUGAUGACAUUGUUAAUGACAUGUUCUUUGCCCACCAGGUGAGUCUGUUUUAAUCCUUGACUAUAAGGUUCAGGGCAGUCAGUUUGCAGUAAUAGUGAUUUGCAUGCAUGGAGGCUAUAUUGUUGUCAGAAUGUGGUGCAUUCCAUCAUUUCCUACUGUGUCAUAGGAAGGCAUUGUUUUUCUUUUGAGUUCAUUGAGUUCCUUUACACUGUUAUUAUUUCUGUGCCCAGCUGAUCCCCAACUCCUGCGCCACCCAUGCACUUCUGAGCGUGCUCCUCAACUGUAGUGGGGUUGAGUUGGGCACUACCCUCAGCCGCAUGAAGACCUUCACUAAAGGCUUCGGACCAGAGGUGAGGACACACACACACACACACACCUACCUCUCUCCUAUUUCUGCUGUGGUGUUAGGAUUAUAAUCAAAUUUUACAUCGCUUUCUUUCAUGUUCUUUCAGAGUAAAGGCUACGCCAUUGGAAAUGCCCCAGAGCUGGCCAAAGCACACAACAGCCAUGCCAGGUAGGAGGCGCUGCUGCAUAUGUCCCUCCCUUCCUACCACUAGGUUUUAUUCAGUAGGCACAAUGAAAAUAAACAGGCUGAAACAGGGAGUAACCUACCUGAAAUUGAUCAAUUAGAAACAGUUGUUUUCAUUUUCUGUUGCAAAACAUUUUUGCUACGGUGUGCACUAAUGAAUACAACCCUGAUUUGUACAAAUGUGACUCUGCCACCCAUGAAUGAUUCUUACUCCUCUUCCUUCUCUUGUUUCCAUGGAGACCGGAGCCCAGGCACCUGCCGGAGAAGCAGAAUGGGAUUAGUGCCGUGCGGACCAUGGAAGCGUUCCACUUUGUCAGCUACGUGCCCAUCAAAGACCGCCUGUUUGAGCUAGACGGCCUCAAGGCAUACCCCAUUGACCACGGUGAGACUGCACACUGUGAUGGACUAAAGGAAGCAGCGUAGUACUGCUCACUCACGUUGAGACAGCCUAGCGCAGCCUUUCUUAAAGUAUGGGUCACGACCCAAAGUGGCUCGUUAAUGGUGGCUCGCGAUUUGUCCGAGUAAAUGUAUUAUUCUUUCAUUUAAUUACUGGAAUUGAUUUGGCCAAGUGCAACUGCGCUCUCUGUUCAGUGCGCUCUCUGCUUAGCAGUGGUGUCUCUGCUUAGUUUGGCAGCUGUGCGAGUGGGAGGGAGAUGCCCGUGUGCUUCGCGGUUUACCAGAUCUUUUUUCUGCAGUUUUAUUGAAGAUCAGCAGCAGAUGAUGCGCUGUCAGCCACUGACUUGUCAUUCCCAAUCGCCAUCACUCACCGCUGUCAUCAAAUGGACUCAAGCUAGCCACAAGUUCUGACUGAGCUCAAUCAUCAUGAAACGCAAAUACAGCGAUGAGUUUCUCUCUCUUGGUUUCAUACAAACUUUGAGAAAUAACGAGGAACCCAGGGAGUUCUUUCAGAACAGGGCAGAAUGCUUCAGGAAACAGUGCUUCGACAGUGGAAAAGUAAGUCAGCUAGCAAGGCAUUGUUGUCAUUUUGUCAACAGGUGACGAUAAGCAGAAAUAAGGAAGUACUAUCUCUCAUAGUUGUAGAUGUGAGUUUCUCUUCCAAACAAUCCCCUUGUACACAGCUAAUAGCUAGCUAGCUAAAGUUAGCCAAAGCAAGCAAGCAAGCUAGCUAGCUACUGAUAGUGCACCAUAAGUAACAGUACAUCUUACUGUAGACACUUAUUGUUGAAAGCAAAUCUAAGUUGGAACUGUUGCUGUUAAAAUACAAGUAAUCAUUUUUAUUCUGGAAUAAACUGAUUGAAGCAAUAUGCUUUUUGAGGCAAACACUCACAGUUCUGGGUUGCUUAUCUACAGCAGGAAGCGGUCUCCUGCCUGCCUGAGAAAGCAGUAGAUGUUCUGAUCCAGUUUGGCACCACAUACCUAUGUGAGUCAGGGUUCUCAACUCUGGCGUCCUUAAAAAACAAGUACAGAAAUAGACUCAAUGCUGAGCAUGACCUCAGGGUUGCACUGUCAAAAACUGAGCCCAGAAUAGACAUGAUUGUUGAAAACUUCAACCAGCCACACACCUCUCAUUAGGACUGUGUGUGUUUUAUUCUGGUCUACAUCUGUGUGAUGUGAUCAAUCAGUUUAUUCCAGUUUAGAAUACCAUUUUUAAAAUUGUAUUUUAACAGCAACAGUUGCAACCUUUUUUUCAACAUUACUUUCUACAGUAAGAUGUACGGUAGGCCUGAUCAUUUCAUCUGUACUGUUACUUAGUGUUGCACUAUCAAAAACUGAGUGUGUGUUCUGUUCUUCAUCUGUGUGAUGUGAUCAAUCAGUUUAUUCCAGUUCAGAAUGAAAAUGAUUUAUUGUAUUUUAACAGCAACAGUUCCAACCUAUACAGAUAUAUAAGAGUGUUUUUAAUGGGGGAAAAUAAACAUGAAUAGAUAUUUAUAUGGAUAUUUAAUUUAAUUGUUAUUUGUUUUUGUCUAUUUUGCAUUUGUUUUAGGCAUAAGGGCAAUGACAUUUACUGAUAUUUAUUUAUAGUUGCAUGUUUUCCUAAACUUGGGUCCCAGGAAAACACAGCAUUUCUCGUUUGGUCCCAGGCUGAAAAAGUUUAAGAACCCCUGGCCUAGCGUCUUCAUAGAGCUGGAAUGUCAAGGAAAGCACAUUGCUAUGACUUCUCUAAUCUACUGUGUGACAAUACAACACUUGAUGACUACUGUGAGACCACAAUGGCUCAUUCUCAAAUGGCACCCUAUCCCCUAUGUAGUCCACUACUCUUGGCCAGGGUCAAUAGGGUGACCACAUGGGCUCGAGAUGAAAGCUUUUCUUCUUCCUUCGCCUCUCUCUCUCGCUCUCUCAGGGCCAUGGGGAGAGGAGGAGGAGUGGACAGAUAAGGCGCGACGGGUCAUCAUGGAGAGGAUUGGUUUGGCCACAGCUGGGUGAGUCUGAGGCCAAUCUCCUGCCUCAGUAACACUGAAUGAGAUGUUACGCACACACACUCACUCACACACUUUUCUUUCGCCUCUCAGAGAGCCAUACCAUGAUAUUCGCUUCAACCUGAUGGCAGUGGUUCCUGACCGCAGGGUGAAGUAUGAGUCCAAACUAGAGAUCCUCAAGAGGAACAGACAGAUCGUUCUGGAGGGAUUACAGCAGGUCAGGAAACACGCACAGAGGAGCCAAUUGAUACACACACACCCACACUUUCUCACUGGGGUGUAUCUGAUCAGGUGUGUUCCUUUUAGCUUGCCCGGUGUCCCGUUUAAGCAGAGAUUUCACUUUAGGAUCAAUAGAAUGGUCUAAAAUGUGCAAACUCUACCCAACCAGUGCCCCUGGCGAGCUAAAACGAAUGCACCCAUACCAAUAGACCACGUGUGUCUGAUUGACUUGACUUGAAUGUGACCUGUUCUCCAGCUGAUCCGGGUCACCCAGCCAGAGCUAGUCCAGGACAGAAAGCAGCAGGACUCCUCCCCCUCGGAGGACACGCCCCCUGCUAUCAAAAAAGAAGAGGCAGAUCCUCAACCUGUUACAUCACAGGGGGCCGAGCAGACUCCUCCCACAGGUAUUAAAUUCAGCUCCAACCUCCCCAAUGUAGAUUACCUUUAUAGACACGAAGAAGGGUUUCUGUGAGUCCGUUUGUAUGUCCCAAAUGGCACCCUAUUCCGUUUAUUUCGUUUAUAAUCGGUUUAUUCCAGUUCAGAAUGAAAAAUGAUUUAUUGUAUUUUAACAGCAACAGUUCCAACCUAUACAGAUAUGUAAGAAUGUUUUUAAUGGGGGAAAAUAAACAUGAAUAGAUAUUUAUAUGGAUAUUUAAUUUCAUUGUUAUUUGAAUUUUGUCUAUAUGGCAUUUGUUUUAGGCAUAAGGGCAAUGUAAUGUACUGAUAUUUACAUAUAGUUGCAUAUUUUCCUAAGCUUGGGUCCCAGGAAAACACAGAAUUUCUAAUUUGGGUCCCAGGCUGAAAAUGUUUAAGAACCCCUGGCCUAUGUAGUGCAGUAUUUUUGACCAUAACCAUAUGGGCUCUGGUCAAAAGUAGUGCACCAUAAAGGGAAUUUGAUGCCAUUUGGGGUUCAUCCUGUCUCAGGGUAUGAUGUGCUGCAACAGUUCCACUGACGUCCAUGAAUUUCUCACUGUCUCUCCCCCUGUUCUGCGGACGGUGCAGCAGCCCAGUCCCAGUCGACUCCCACCCCCUCAAGCAAAGGGAAGGCCAUGGGGAAACCAACCGCCCCAUCGGGGAGAGGGGGAGCCACGCAGCCUGUCAACAGCCCCACCCUAAUCGUCCCGCGCCUGCCCGCCUUCCUGGACAACCACAACUACGCCAAGUCCCCCAUGCAGGUCAGGAGGAGGGGGAUUGGUUAUGAUGUGACACAACUCAAAUUUCCUCACAUAACUCUCAUUAACAUCAAUGCGUGAUGAUUUUCACAACAGGCUUGACUUACAUACACAUAUCUCAAGUUAGGAUUCGGCCCCAUGGACCAAUACUAUAUGUUUGCCGUGACAAGGUAGAUGAUUGGUUGUUCUCUGUGAUUGACAGGAGGAGGAGGACCUUGCGGCAGGGGUGACGGGGGUAGGUCGUCCCCGGGUGCCUGGCACAAACCAGCCCCCUUACUCUGACGAUGAUGACUAUGGGGAGGUAGAAACUGUCACAGCAGCGGGCACACCCACCAGGUCAGCUCCACACAACUAGAGUUGUUCUAGUUCUAUGGUCAUUCUAUUUCUAUGGUCAUUCUAUUCUAUUUCUAUGGUCAUUCUAUUCUAUUUCUAUGGUCAGCUCCAUAUCGCAUGGUGUUUCCAUUAAGACUGUGGUAAAGGCCUUAGGUGUUUGGUGUUAUUCAGACUAAAAAGCGAUGUACCACUUAUUUUUAAUUGAAUCCAAAAUGUUCCCCUCGGGACUUGAUAGUUUGUGUGUGUGUGUUUAGGUUCAGGCGGAAGGCGGGCCUGCGUUCCCGUACGGGCCGUGUAGGCGGCGGCGGCGUGGAGACCAAGCUGGCGCUGAGUGUCCUGGCCGAGAAACUCAAGAAGGAAGUCCAGAGGAAGGACGCUCUGGCCACGCCCCUCUCAGUCCGCACUGAGGGCCGCACGGGGGGCAUCGUGAUCACCGCCGCCUCGCAGCCUUCGCCCACGCCCAGCAAUGAGAGCACCGACACCGCCUCGGAGAUCGGCAGCGCCUUCAACUCGCCACUGCGCUCCCCGGCUCGCUCCCAGGUGGCAACGCGGCCCUCCAGCCCCGUGGCGUCCCACCUGUCCCGGGUGCUGUUCGGGGAGGACGAGGGUCUGCUGAGGCUGGACGCCAGACACAACCGGGCUGUUAGAGAGCUGGGGCCCUCCGUCAGCACCGCCCUGCUGCAUCUACAGGAGGACGGGGUUAUAUAUGCUGUACCGCCACCCGGUGAGGAUGGAUGGAUGGACGUGUGUGUGUAUGUGUGUGAGAGAUAGGUAGAGUGAGAGACUGGACCUGUGGGGAAGUGAACAUGGGCACUCGAUUUAAGAUUAUUAUCAAAGAGCAGCUGCUUACCUUCAGACCUAAUUACAUAAACCAUAUUAAUACCUGGAUUAUACUAAUCUAAUACCAGACUGACACAGCUCUGGACAUGCAAGAGCUAAACAAUGCAUUAACUGGUAGGGAUGUAACAAUUCACCGAUACGCAUCGGUCCCCGAUUCAAAUGUUUACGAUACAAGUGCAUCGAUCCGCGGACCACAAACCGAUCCAAAUGUAGCAUGCAUCAGUCAGAAAAUCGAUUCAAACGUUACGAAUCGGCGGUUCACGAAAAUGUUUUGCUCAUAUUACAUUAUUUUUACCUUCUGAAAAUACCUCUCAUCUUUCAGUGUCGAACUGCAUGUAACUGUGUUGACAGUCAUUUUGCAUGCCGAACAAUCCCAUGCAAUAUCGGUAGCUUAGUCAAACUGCACAUUGUGCCCAGCUUCACGCGCUGACCAACGCGAGGUAGGCUGCCUGAUCUCGCACAUCUGCGUGGCACCUUCAGCAUUCAAUUGCUAAAAUAGCUUGCAUGAUAUUAGGCUUUAUUAGUUGAGUAACUACCUAUAUCAUUUGCUAGGUUAUAGUUAUCUAUACACUGUUGAAAAUUGUGUUUUACCGGAAUAGAAGUAAGCUAUAGGAGACAGAACUUUCAUUGGCUGUACCUGCUGACAAUAGAUUUUAUUUUGAUUGUUCACCAUCAGCAAUAGUUUUGGUAGUUUAGCUUUAAACAAUCACUGAGUAUACCAAACAUUAGGAACAACUUCCUAAUAUUGAGUUGCACCCCCCCCCCCCCCCCCCCAUUUAACCCUCAGAACAGACUCAAUUAAUCGGGGCAUGGACUCUACAAGGUGUCCAAAGCAUUCCACAGGGAUGCUGGCUCAUGUUGACUCCAUUGCUUCCCACAGUUGUCAAAUUGGCUGGAUGUCCUUUGCGUGGUGGACCAUUCUUGAUACACACAGGAAACUGUUGAGCGUGAAUAACCCAGCAGUGCUGCAGUUCUUGACACAAACUGGUGCGCCUGGCACCUGCUACCAUACCCCGUUCAAAGGCACUUACAUAUUUUGACAUUCACCCUCUGAUUGGCACACAUGUCUCAAGGCUUAAAAAUACUUAUUUAACCGGUCUCCUCUCCAUCAUCUACACUGAUUGAAGUGGAUUUAACAAGUUACAUCAAUAAGGGAGCAUAGCUUUCACCUGGAUUCACCUGGUCAGUCUAUGUCAGUGUAUAUGGUCAUUUUUAGAUAUACAGGGUAAAGUGAUAAUUGCAUAAUGAGGACAGCAAUCACUUUUGCGAGGUGCACUGCAUGGCCGAAGCGAGAGGAGAAGAUGACGCCGUAAAAACGUCCAAAUUGUCAAAACCAUUAGAUUUUGAGAUGGGGGUGAAAUCCAAAGUUGUGCUUUAUAUUCAUUGGCGAUGUCAUAGCUAAUUUGGAAUCGAUACAUUUUGAUGCAUUACUAGCUCAAACACUUCUGCAGAAAUGACAAGUUAAUUAGUGGGUGAUGGUGAUUUCAGAACCAAAGUGGGGGAACAGAAAACUGGCUACAUUGCCCCCCUCUAAUCUGGUAGUGGGGUGGUACCUAGUCUCCCUUAUGGCUCAGCUCAGGUGCCUACAUAGUACCUACACCAUAGACCUACAGUACCAGUCAAAAGUUUUAGAACACCUACUCAUUCCAGGGUUUUUCUUUAUUUUUACAAUUUUUUACAUUGUAGAAUAAUAGUGAAGACAUCAAAACUAUGAAAUAACACAUAUGGAAUCAUAUAUAUUAUAUUUGAGAUUCUUCAAAUAGCCACCCUUUACCUUGGUGACAGCUUUGCACACUCUUGGCAUGCUCUCAACCAGCUUCACCUGGAAUGCUUUUCCAACAGUCUUGAAGGAGUUCCCACAUAUGCUAAGCGCUUUUCCUUCACUCUGUCGUCCGACUCAUCCCAAACCAUCUCAAUUGGGUUGAGGUCAUCUGAUGCAGCGCUCCAUCACUCUCCUUCUUGGUAAAAUAGCCCUUACACAGCCUGGAGUUGUGUUGGGUCAUUGUCCUGUUGAAAAACAAAUGAUAGUCCCACUAAGCCCAAACCAGAUGGGAUGGUGUAUCGCAGCAGAAUGCUGUGGUAGCCAUGCUGGUUAAGUGUGCCUUGAAUUCUAAAUAAAUCACAGACAGUGUCACCAGCAAAGCACCCCCACACCAUAACACCUCCUCCUCCAUGCUUACGGUGGGAAAUACACAUGCAGAGAUAAUCUGUUCACCCACACCGCAUCUCACAAAGACACAGCGCUUGGAACCAAAAAUCUCCUAUUUGGACUCCAGACCAAAGGACACAUUUCCACCGGUCUAAUGUCCAUUGCUCGUGUUUCUUGGCCCAAGCAGGUCUCUUCUUAUUAUUGGUGUCCUUUAGUAGUGGUUUCUUUGCAGCAAUCGACCAUGAAGGCCUGAUUCACACAGUCCCCUCUGUACAGUUGAUGUUGAGAUGUGUCUGUGACUUCAACUCUGUGAAGCAUUUAUUUGGGUUGCAAUUUCUGAGGCUGGUAACUCUAAUUAAUUUAUCCUCUGCAGCAGAGGUAACUCUGGUCUUCCAUUCCUGUGGCGGUCCUCAUGAGAGUCAGUUUCAUCAUAGCGCUUGAUGGUUUUUGCGACUGCACUUGAAGAAACUUUCAAAGUUCUUGAAAUAUUCCGUAUUGACUGACCUUCAUGUUUUAAAGUAAUGAUGGACUGUCGUUUCUCUUUGCUUAUUUGAGCUGUUCCUGACAUAAUAUGGACUUGGACAAAUACGGCUAUCUUCUGUAUACCACCCUACCUUGUCACAACACAACUGAUUAGCUCAAACGCAUUAAGAAGGAAAGAAAUUCCACAAAUUAACUUUUAAGAAGGCACACCUGUUAAUUGAAAUGCAUUCCAGGUGACUACCUCAUGAAGCUGGUUGAGAGAAUGCCAAUAGUGUGCAAAGCCGUCAUCAAGGCAAAGGGUGGCUACUUUGAAGAAUCUCAAAUAUGAAAUAUAUUUUGAUUUGUUUAACACAUUUUUGGUUACUGCAUGAUUCCAUAUGUGUUAUUUCAUAGUUUUGAUGUCUUCACUAUUAUUCUACAAUGUUAAAAAUAAAGAAAAACCUUUGAAUGAGUAGGUGUGUCCAAACUUUUUACUGGUAGUGUACGUCAUUUACACACACACACACACACACACACACACACAGAUCCAGCUCAGAGAGACCCAACUCAUGAGCUCCAUCAGAAGCAGAUUGUAAUUUUGAAUGUAAAAUGAAUGUGUUUAUGCAACAAAUGUUAGUGCAUCGUAUCGAACCGAAUCUCAUCGAUUCGCUCUCUAAUCAAACCGAAUCGCACUAAAACGUAUCGUUCCUGUAUCCUAUCGGAGCCCAUGUAUCAAAUCGUCUUGAAAGGGAAAGAUACACAUUCCUAUUAGCCAGACAGAACUGUAUGGAAGGUGACACCGCUGAAUCUGAUGGUGAGUUAAUAGCUGGGACGUGUUCACUACAAACUAAACGGAAGAAAAUGGACUGAAACAGGGAGGGACUACCUGAAUUUGUCUAAUAAGAAACUCUUGUUUUUUUUAUACAGUGUGCAAUGAUGAAUCUUUGUUGGGGUUUAUUGCUCAAUAGAUGUUGUUUCUGUGCCUGUGCAGCUGAUCCUGAGGGGUCCAAGCGAGAAAAGUCAGGCGCUCCAGAGAAGGUAAAAGACAAAGAGCAAGGGAGCAACCCAGCAGGAAAGGGGGAAGGUUUGAAGGAGGAAGGUAAGGAGGGACCAUCGGUGGAGGUGAAAGAGGAGGAGAGCAAAGAUGUCAAGCCCAGCAAGGGAAAGGUCAUCUCCACGGAAACCGUUGGAAGCAACAAGCCCUCAGGGGAAAAAUACUCUCCUAAAGUAAGUCUAUUUUUUUCUUUCUUUCUUGCUAGAAACAUCUGGAGAUUUCUGUAUUUUAUGGCUCCUCAAUCCUUUUUUUCACGUUUUCUUUUUCUUCUUUGGAGUUAUUGUCCUCUUUCCCACUCUCAUUUAGCAUCUCUUUCUCUUUGUUUUCAAAUUCAUCAUCUUUCGCUGUAUUGUGUGUCUAUUGGCUCAUUCGAGCUAGAGGUUGACUUGCUGUAUAUAACAGAUUGAUGUUAUAACCAAAUGUCACCUAGUUGAUUUCUUCUCUAUCUCUUGUUUCCUGCAGGAGCUGCUUGCUCUGCUCAAGUGUGUGGAGGCGGACAUCGCCAACUAUGAAGUGUUUUUAAAGGAGGAGGUGGAGAAGAGGAAGAAAUACAAGGUUAUUAUACAGAAUAAUACAGUUCCUAAGUAGUGGGGUUAAUGAGUUUGAUCACAGAAAUCCACAGCUAUGUGGGUGGGUUUAUGUGAUGAUGUGUGUGUUAUGUGUGGUGUGUUUGUAUGUUGUUGUGUUAAUGAAAAUGUUGAACUGUGUUUUGACCAGAUCGAUGACCAGAGAAGGACCCAUAAUUAUGACGAGUUCAUCUGCACCUUCAUAUCCAUGCUGGCACAAGAAGGUAAGGCCACCUCUCACCCCUUUCCUUUGGUAGAACAAAAGGUGGAUUUUCAUGCAUGCACACACAUCCGGUCUUAUUCUUUCUCUGCUUAUUAGCUAAUCCCUGAGUUCUAUAUUUAACCUCCCUGCUGUGCAGUCAGAGACCCACACUGUCUGAGAGUGGUCCACAAAUGGUGCUCUCUCUCCACAUCUCCCUCUCUGACAACUGUUUUUAUCUGAUUUCAUGUAGGAAAAUGUGAUAUAACAUUUACUAGAUCAGAGGCAAUUUUACAGGAACCUCUUUAAAUCAAUGGAGUUCUUUCUGAUCUCUCGCUCUCCUUCUCUCCCCAGGCAUGUUGGCUAGUCUGGUCGAGCAGAAUAUCUCUGUGCGUCGUCGUCAGGGAGUGAGCAUCGGCCGUCUACACAAACAGAGGAAACCAGACCGCAGGAAACGCUCGCGACCCUACAAGGCCAAGCGCCAGUGACCCCAGGAAGUGCUUGCUUGGGGUCACCGAUCACCAAUCACAGCAGAGAAAAUACAAAAACCCUUGUUGCACUCAUGACACUGUCCUGUGACUUCAGGGAGAAAAGGACUCAUUCAUAUUGCUGUAUUUUAAUGUCAGUCUCUGACUUCAUCCAAUGGACCAUCUGUUGAUUAAUUUAAUCAGAUUAUGUUUGCUUUACUGUAAGAGGAAGAGUAAUUUUUUAUCAGAUGUAUGUACUGUAUGUUAGAUUGUGUCCCAAGUGGCACCCUAUUCCCUAGUGCACUAC